AUGGCGCCUUCAGCAGCUCGGCUUCAGACUCGUCGCCGCCCUCGCCGGUCCGCUGAGUAUCCCGCGGCUCUCCCACUACGUGGACGACAUCGAGAAUCUCCGCCCCUUCCAGAGGAGGCUCUGUCCAACCGUCACGCUCCUGUAGCUCAAGAACCUCCCGCCUUCUAUCCUGCUCCCUCCUCGUCCGAGUCUUUCUCUUCCGGUGCUCUUCACGGAGGAAAACGUGGCGGAAGGGAGGAUGGUUUCGCGCAACCAGAGGAGUUGGGAGCAGCGGAUGAUUCGCACAUUGAUUCUUCGGGGGAAUCGAGGCACCGGCGGCUUCGCGAGGCCCCCAAUACGAUGAGAUGUGACACGGGUGGUAGCGUCGACGAAAGUGUGCCUGAGGAUGCGUGCGACUCUGCGCCUUCACCGGACCUGAAACCGGGGGUCUCUCUGUGCGAGACAGGCGAGUGGCCAGGCCAACCUUGGGGACGGGAAAAGACAGCGAGGCGACGGUCGAGUCUCGCUGGACAAAGUAGCGACGGAGACAAGGACGAACGAGAAGAUUUCGGAGGAAGUGGAAGUUUCCGCAGCCCCAGUCGCCGUAGCUCUGUUUUUCAAGGAGAGUGUAGAACGGGAUUCCCCAGGAGAACAGAGCGGACCCGUCUACCUCCCAUCUGGAGGGGCGAGGGCGAAAUAGCAAGUGGAGAGUCUGACCACCGGCUCGGCCACGAGAAUCGGAGACAGGGGAGGAACGACAAUCGAAAUCGUUCCGAUUCUGCGGUUGUCGAGAGAGACAAAGACGGAGCGAUUGACCGACCGCCGGCUUCCUCCUUGUAUCGUGCACUCCGACACCUUGGUGCGUCUCCGACUCGUCCUUCCUUCUCUGCUGCUUUGGCGUUUUCUCCCCAUCGUGGUGUGGCGACUUCUCGCCCUCCCCCUCCUGGUCCCCCCCGCGGCUUGAGUGUUGUGACGCCUCGCAGAAGCGGCAAGUCCCCUUCGUCGUGUGCUCUGUCUCCUCCUCACCGUUCUGCUUCUCGCCUCGUCGGCUUGGAGUCUCCGUCCGCUCCUGCGUCGCCCCGCCGAGAGUCGUGGAGCGGCUUUGCAUCAGGCUUCGAGGACGAGAGCGGGAGAUCUGCGGCCAGAGGAAGGUCGUCUCGGGCUGCGUCGCCUCGCAGCUCCAAAUCCACUUCGCGCCCAGUGAUGAGAGCCGAAUCGAGUCCACCUGUGCGGGAAAAGGAAAGAAAGAGCAGCCGAGGCUUGUCGGCCAAUUCGUCGAGAGAUCUCAUCAAUGCAUUCGCUUCCUUCUCGAUCGCUCACUCUGCUUCCGCCGCCGCGGCGUCACCGCACCGUGACGGCGCCUCCCCGUCACCCGCCACAUCCGGCCUCCACGCCGACAGCCGAGCCAACAACGGAGACCUUCCCCACGCACCCAGUCCGCCGCCACUGCCUGCAGCAGAGAAUCGACGCCACGGCAGCAGCGGCGAAGCUGGAGAGGCGAGGGGGAGGCGAGACGAGUGGGGAGAGACUGGAAGUCGACGCAGUUCUGGGAGCAAGGCGCACGAAAUCAGUCGCGCGAGCCGGAGGCCAUCGGCGUCAGAGAGGGACCGAUCACGAGGAGAACGCGCGCGAAGCGGGGAAGAGAGUGGCCGUCGCUCUCGGCGAACGAGCAGCGACUUGCUGCCGGCCGCGCCUCGGACUGCGGCAGGUGUCCCUCCCUUCCCUUCACUUGGAGAGCUCGCAGCGCGUUCCCGGCGCCGAGAUGGAGAGCGGCGAGCGAAAGGGGACAGCCAGAGCGUCUGCAGCACGCUGUCGCGUUUGUCGUCGUACUCAGCUUCUCCAGAUGACGCAGACCGCGUCUCGGCGCCGCCCUCUCGCCGGUCUUCUCGCGGGAGUGCACGGCGGCUUCCGGUGCGAGGGUCAGAGUGCCGCAGCAGAACCCGUUUUCGCGGGGACGAGGAUCGGAUGUGGAGUACUCUCGGCCGUCGCGGCCACCGUCGCUCGAUUCCCGAGGCGUCAUCGGGGUCGGAGUUUGCCUCGUCCUCCGAAGACGAUGACAGUCUCUUUCCGUACUGCGCAGAGGGGACUGAGUAUGCAUUCCUCCCCUGCGCUGACCCGUCCCGGUUGGGGUCAUUCCCGACUCGCUUCGCUCCCUCAAAGCUCGGCUUUGCGUUUCCAGGCCAGGCCUUCCCGGCCGUAUUCGGCGUCGAUGAAGCGGCGGAGGGCUGCGGAGGCUACGGGGGAGGCCUGCAUGCCGCGGGGGACGCAGAUGGUCCCUUGCCUGGGUGGUGGCGGUCGCCGGGAUCAAGCGCGCCGAGUUCAACAGUCGGGGGGUUGGCUGGAAGCCGUGAGAUGGAACGCGGACGUGCCGAUCACGAAAGGCCUUCUCACACGGGCGCUGUGCGACGGGAGACUUCGCGGAAGGGACGAACCCCUUCUCCGUCUCGGGAACUCCUCUGGUCGAGGCCGAGUAUUUUGUCUGGGGUUGGUCGCCUCAGUGCGCUGCAGCGUUUUCUGAUGAAGCGGGGACGAACGCUAGGAAGGGGCGAGGACGACGAAGGCGCCUACAUUUCCCACUUUGCCAUGACAGAGAAACUGCGACAGGAAGCGCAACUCCGCGCCUGCCUCGACAAGGCAGUUCUGCUCUUCAACCAGCUCGGCCUGGAACCUGCAGUCGCCGUCCUCGAAGAGCAGGGGAUCCUCCGGAAAACAGAUCCCGAAGCGAUCGCCGUUUUUCUCUACGAAACGCCGGGCCUUGACAAGCGAAAGGUUGGAGCAUUGCUUGGUGACGCGUCGCCUUUCAACAUCUCGAUUCUUCGCGCCUUCUCGUCGCUCUUUGACGUGAGAGGUCUGAGUAUCGACUUGGCGCUUCGGUCGAUUUUCAGUCGUUUCAUUCCUCCUGGCGAAUCCCAGCAACUCUACAGAGUGUUGUACUUCUUCGCGGAGCUGUACGUACAGCAGAAUCCCGAGCAGAACAUGGACGCCGAGACUGCACACUUUCUCGCCUACGCGAUUCUGCUUCUCCACACGGAUCGCCACAACCGAAACGUGAAGAGGAAAAUCACUAAGGAGGACUGGCGAAGGAUGACCCGCGGCCGAGACGGAACGCCCAGCGGCCUAGACGUCAAAACACUCGACGCCAUCUACGACCGAGUCGUUGCAGAGCAGUUCAAGUUGCACAUGUCAGAUGCCGACAAGGUCUAUCUCCGCCUGAGCCGAGACCCCCGCGUGCUGCGAUACGCUGCGGGGAGAGAGUCCCCGUUUUUCCGUGUCUCCACGCUCCCUCAGGGCCAGCACGUUCGUGUCAAAACGAGCUCUGUCUCCGGGGUAUCCCCGCAUUUUUCGCGCCGAGUGGACGUUGCGAGUUCGCACUCGCUCGCCUCUCGCGCGCCCUCCAGACGCCGUGACGAGGCUUCUCAUCGCGAAGGACGACAAAGCACGAGUCGAGACCGCCGCCGACGAUCGCCCGAUCCUCUGGCGCCGCAGCCGGCUCCUGUCUCUCGGUCGUCGCCGCUUCCGACAGAGAGGCGACAAGCGUCGCAGUCCCCAGGUGGUGCGCGGGGAGAGAGUUGUCAUCGUUCUUCCACUUCUCAAGUCCGGCGAAAGGACGGGGCUGAGGACUCCGCGGGAGGACAGUCGGGCGGGGCGGCAGACACCGCAGACGGGAAGAAAGAGGCAGGCAGGCCAGGGGACACUGGAGAUCGAGGAGAGGUUGAGCAGCCUACCGGAGAGGCAACCCCUCGAAGUGUCCGUCCUCCUGGCGGAAGCGCUAACGAGGUGGAUCGCGACAGGCCGAACCGGCCACCGGGCUCGGGCGCAUGCACGCCCAGACACGUUGACGGCAGCGCAGGUGAAAAAGUAGAAGCGACCACUGAAGGAGCGGAAACGAGACGGAGCGACGAUGGGGCGCCGCCCGCAGAAACGCUCAAAAACGGAAGAGACGGGGACAACUCAAACCCCGCUGUGUCAGUGAGACCUGUACGAGGCUCUGCACGGGCAUCGUCCUCUGACUCGCCUCCUGCCUCUUCGGUCAGCUGCGAAGCGUCAGGGCAUGUAGAUCCUUCUGAUGUGCUUGAAAGUGCCGGUGCGCCCUCGGCUUCCCCCGAUGCAGCGGAGUGUAGCUCUUCGACGUCUUCUUCACCUUGUCAAUCUCCGGGGCUUCCGCCUCCUGACAACGCCGCUGGCGUGUGCUCCAAGUCACCUUCUGGUGCGGCGUCGCAAGCUUCGCAGACUCUUGUUGCCUCGCCAGGUGACCAGGGCUGCCGUGACAGCGCGCCUCCACAAGCAAGCGCUCCCGUUCCUCCGACGUAUUGUUCUUCGUCGGCUAGCGUGUCGACUCGGCCGCCUGGCCUUCACCUCACGCAGCCGCUGGCCUUCCCGGCCGUUGCCGAGACCCCAUCACCUCGCCGACUGCCGCGCCCUGGCGCGCUUGGUUGCAAUUCGCAUACGUCGGAAUUGGAGCCGCAGCUCGCCGAGGGGAAGUGCGGCGGGACAAGCGACGGGCGGGGUCUCCUGAAGUGCAGAUCGUCGCCUCAGAUUGUGGCGGCGUCGUCGAGUGCUGCUGGCGGCGCGUUUCGGAGCCUGCGAAGCGAAUCGCUUGGGGCGGUGAGCCGCCGAGAGUCUCCGAAAUCUGCGGCGCCUGUCGCCUCUGGCUUGCCGCUGCGAAGCCAGUCGCCGGUUCUGCUCCGGCGCACCAUCGCGCGCAUGCAGUCUGAGGGCCCGAACUACAUGCACCAGGCGUCGGUGUUCUCGCGGGGCGUUUCCCUGCGGGGGACGUCUGAGCUGUCUCGACAGUCCACCGCCUCGGGCUUGUCGCCGUCCGUGCCGACGUUUGGCUCGUUGACUGCGAACCUGCGAAGCACCAGCAGCGUUCUCUCCUUUUCUCCGUACUCGUCGUCCUUUGCCGCCCUGGAGCGCGGGACUGUGUUUCUCAAGCUGUGCCGGAACGGGAAGAUGAAGCCGCGGUUGCUGUCGGUCGACAGCGAGCGGUCGCUCCUGUGCUGGCGGGAUCCGAAGAAGGGCGGAAGUGCCGCGAUGAAGGUGGGGAAGCGGAGUCCCCGGUGUCUGCCGCUCGAUGAGCUGUUCGACAUCACGCUCGGCUGCCUCUCCACCCGAGACACGAAGCCGUCUGAUCUUUCGGAGGACAUGGAGCUGCGCUGCUUCUCCCUCCACUUUGUCACGCGGUCUCUCGACCUCCUCGCCCCCCUCGACGGGUCUCUUCUCUGUCCCUUCUCGCCUUCGCCGCCGGUCGCCGGGUCCAGGCGGCUCGGGCCAAGCGGCGAGCCGUGCCAGGCUGCUGCGGCGCCUCUCACCCUCUGGCUGUCCUUCUUUCACGCGAAGAUCGCGGAGCUGCAGCAAGUCCGCGAACAGCUGCUGCAGCAGCAGCACGCGCUCGCGCAAAGUGCGGAAGUCGCUGCCCGCCGCAGAAAGCGCCGGGAAGAAGAAGCCGCCGAAAAGCUCGAGCUCUGGCGAACGCUCAUUCUCCCGCACUGGGACAAGUGCUGGACGUGUGGGGCCGUCCCCCAGGCCCCGACCGGCGGAUCGCCCGUAUUUAUUUCCGGCGCGCCUUCCCGGAUCGGGACUUGGAGACGCUUCCCUUCCAUGCUUCGCGGAGACAUCGUCCACGACCGCAUGGGCAGUCGCUUACGGUCGGUCUCGCGGUCCGAGGUCGGCGACCGGGGGCUCUGGAGACGGGAACAAACCCUCGGCGAGCGAUUGGAGGCGGCGCACUUGGAGACACUCGGGUCCAAAGCGAGCUGGAGAGCCACCGGGCGGCAUCUGACGGCGCACCACCGGCCUCGAGGGCCGCGUCUGGCUUCCGGGCUGUCCUCGUGGGGACCGCCGGCGCGACUCUCCACGGGGACGCUCGUCGCGGCCGUUCGCACGUGGUGGGGCCUCGGGGGCUCUGGAGAGGCCGGACGACGCCCCGGCUCAGGCGCCGACGGAGCGGACGAGAAGCCGGGACUGGAGAAGGGGACGAAGGCCGUCAACGGGGCAGCGGUCGGCCGAGGCGAAGGGAACUGCGUGGACGGGUCCGACCCGCCGUCGCUCUUCGAGGUGUUUGAAGUCGGGAGCGAAGGCGAGAGAGAAGAAGGCUCGACGCUUCCACCUCACUCCGAGGAACCGGGCCGUCGUGCGGGGGGGCUGCGGGCCGACAGGGUGCCGUCGUCGUCUCUCGAGUCGCUCUGGUCGCACAGAGAUGGGCUCUCGGGUGCGGAACGCGGCCGGCCGUCAACUCGGAGUCCCACACACGGGGCGAGUCUCGGGCAGAAACUCUUCUUUCCUCUGCGCUUCUUGCUCCCAAACCGGCGCUCCAGCCGCACGAGCCGCGAGGGGUCGAUCUCCGUAGAGAACGACACUCAAGUCGGGGGCGACGAGAGGCGGUCGCCCGACGAUGGCAAGCACAAAGCACUGCUGCGAAACUACCGGUCGCUCGCUUCCUUCGCCGGGUUCGCGUGGCUCUUUGCAAGCAGCCGGCCCAGACCGGCUGACAGCCCGCGCGCAGGCCCUAGCCCGGGUGCGGCCUCUUCAGCCGAAUCUUCGACUUACCUCCGCACCUCCUCGGCGGUCAGAGAUGGUGUAUUCCAGGAGGCCGUCAUGCCGAACGCAUGCGCCCCGAACGGACUGUUUUCCUCGGCGGCCGACGCCCCCCUGCAGGGCGCGGCCGGGAACCCAAGCGCUGGAGACACCCCGGGAGGAACCCCCAGGGUGCUCGUCGGGACGCUCUCGCGUUUGGCAUCCGCAGACGUGAAGAGCGGAACGGAGACACGGUCGCUGGGGUCUGGAGCCGAACUUCGGGACGGCUUCAGUCCGGGCUGUGCGAUAGCUGGCGAGGCAGAGGAGAGAGGCAUAUUCCGCGGACGGGAAGAAGGCCUGCGGGCUGUGGGGACCCAGGCGUUCGGGGGGAAUCCUCUGCGGCCGCUGGCCGGUGCGCCGCAGGCGCCGCACCGGCCAGCGCCCUCCUUUGGGUCGGCAGCUCUCUCGCGGGCCCCGAGCCAAAGGGACUUCCGCGCCUGGGGCGAGGAGCCGCAGCGAAGCCGGCGAUUCUGGCGCGUCUGGUUUCCCCAGUUCUUCGGGGCGCGCUUCUCGCUCGACCGCGGCCGGCGGCUAGAGACCGCUGUCUCCACCGCCCUCGUCGAGCUCUGGCUCCAGGGUUUGCCCGGCGAGCUCCGCGGGACCCUGUGGGGUGUCGCGAUCGGGAACGAGCAGCGCGUGUCUGAAGGCCUUCUCUCUUCUCUCCUCUUUCUCGUCCUGCAGCGAAGACGCCUCGUCCAGAAAUCCCAGGACGCGAUGCGAAGCCGAAACCGCUCGUCGCGCUCCUCAGCCUCUCCUUUCGGCGUCCUCCAGACGCGGGGCGCGCAUGGCAGCGAUCGACGAGCCGGUCCGCCCGAGGGCGAUACACCUGUGACGGGCGGCCGGGUCGGGGGACACUCGGGACGGAUCGGCGGCGCAGACUUGCGAACGAGGCGAGAGUGGACAGGGCGGCAGCAAGACGAGAAAAGACUGGACAACGGACGCUCGAAAGCCGAGUCCAGUCGCCCGCCGCCGUCGACGGAGACACCCCCGGCUGCCGCGCGCGAGGCAGAGACGACGCGUGCGGGUGCAUGCAGUGUGGAGCGUUGUCAGAGUGAGCCGAAUCGAACAGAAGUCUCGGCCUCGUCUCCCUUCAUGUCUGAAGGUUGCCGAGCGCCUGGCUCCGGGCACAGGCCGGUGCUGCGUCGAGACGAUCGCUCCACCCCCUCGAUGUCGAUAGGUCUGCCGUACCCCGGCGCGGGUCUCUGGUACCUUGUGGACAAGAAAGUGGCGUGUGGACCGGAGUUGCUGAUUUCCUGUCUCUUCGAGGCCCGGCUGACCGAGUGCGGGGCCGACGAAGAAGGCGGCAGGUUGACAGAGAGAGGACGAGAUGAAGGGAGCGAGGGGAAGAAGGGACUCGUCUCCGGGGACAAACGGCAGUCUCACAGACCGCAGGGUGACGCCCCUUCCACCGCGCGGGAAGACGCACCUGCGAGUGUUUGUUUCCGCCCGGCGCCGAGCGCAGAGACAGUCGCGCGGAUGACGGCUGCGCAGGCGCCUUCCGGCUGUGGAGAGAAGAACGCUUGUGCCGACCGUGCAAGCAACCCAGGGGAGGAGACAGCAAGACGCGAGGCCGUGUGGGAGGAAGCGAAGCCUCCGAGGCAGGGAGAAGAAAUCAAGUCCGAGAAGCUGAGUGCGCCGAGGCGCGGAUCGAAAGAUCCUCGAGUGUCUGCGUCUGGGGACGCACAGGAAGACGCCUCCCCUGCAGGCGAAGUGAAUCCGGGCGAGAAAGAGAAACCGCACAACACGCAGGAGGGAGACAAGCGAGAGCGAGACGACGAACGAGGACCCAACUCAAAGCAGGAAGAUGCUCAAAGCCGAAGGGGACAAACUCAAGACCAGCGCAGACGUGCGCACCUUCACAGCAUCCGACCCUGGGCAAUCGCCGCCACAGGACGAGUCGAUGGAAGUGAAGGCAUGACCAUAGGUGAAGCUGUCCGACGGCUUCUCCAGGCUUAUGAACUCUACCGGCCGGACAUCGGCGCAGUGCGGGGCAUGGACUGCCUGGCAUCGAUCCUUCUCUGCUUCAUGUCUCUGCCCGCUGCGUUUGUCGCCUUCGUCAACCUGCUGCCGAGUUUCCAUUUGCUCGACUUCUACGCGCCUGCCGAGCAAGCGAGCCGCCGUCUGCUCUCCGUCAAGUUCGAGUUCUUCGACGGCGUGCUGCGGAGUCGGGUCCCGUCCCUCCAUCGACACUUCAAGGGUCUCCGGAUCCACGCGAACCUUUAUCUUCUCCAGUGGCUGGAGACUCUGUUCGCGAACGUUCUGCCUUUUCAGACUCUCUGCCAAACGUGGGACGCAAUCCUUCUCCUGGGCGAGGGCUUCACCUUUCAAGUGGCGCUGGGUCUGCUCAAGUACUACGAAGCGGAGCUCCUCGCCAACUCCUUUGAGGGAUGCAUGGUGAUUCUCAGUCGCACGGCUCGGCCCGACGACGACGAGACGGGCGCCUUCGAUUCUCAGCGGUUUUUCCAGUGUGUCGACGUGUGCCCAGUGGAUCGGCAGCAAUACAGCCGGCUGCUGGCGAACCAGCGGGCGGCAGAUGAGAAAACCGAGCUUCUCAACGCUUCCACGCGCACGGCCGUCUGA